CUGAUGAUGGCACGGACUAGGGGCGAGGGUGUGUCACCAGAUCAAAAAGACGCGGUGAGGCGAGACGAGCGAGUGGAGGGGCGUCGACAUUCUCUUGUCUGUUUGUCUCUUCUUUCACGCCUUGCACACUCAGGUUUGCAUUCUUCUCGGAGGCCUCCUUCGACUCGGCAGGUGGAAGGCGUCAUCGUGACCUCGCUGCUGGUACCAGACGACCUUCAUCCAGCCAAGCGACGCUAUCAUGCAGGGAGAAGCAGCAGGGUGCCCAUUGUGACAGCUCCCCGUCUCCCUUUCCCCACUCUUUGCGCACGAUGGUGUGCACUCCGUGACUGCGAGGUCGAUCACUAGUGGCACCUCGAUUUCACACUCCCUAACCCACUUAUUCACUCUUUCGCGGGGGAAGCCCCACCUCGGCCUUCUUUCAUCAAUGCUCACCUUCAUGAGGCGAGGCAGUAGGGGCAGAAAGGACGACAGCUCGCGGAUCUUCUCCCCGUUCGCGGGCUCGCCGGAGACCUCGCGGAAUCGCGUGGUGGGCCAGGCGGUAGAUGAGGACGGCCUGGACGAAGAUGACGGUGACGAUGAGGCCAUUGACCAGGACGAGGACGAGGACUACUUCGACCGACGUGGCAAUGGUGGCCGCUACGACGAGGAUGCUGGAGACGAAGAUGGCGAUGAGGACGCUGCCGAAGACGACGUCCAGACGCCGCUCCUCCCCAUCUUCUCCGCGGCACAUCUCGACAAACUGCCCUUGUACAACAUCACGCAUGCCAUUCGACUUUUGAUCGUGCCGAGAUGCGAAACGACGCUUUCGUGGGACCAGCUGCGCAGUCCGCAAGUCAGUCAGUUCCUCGUCAAGCCGAUUCAGAGCCAAAUCCGGACGAAUCACUUCAACCGAGCCACGCUAUGUGCCCUCAUUGCCAACUGCUUGCAGUUUCAAAAAGAGGCCCAGACGAACCCGGGCAACGUCGGCGUCUUGAGUACGAGAGCGCUGAUUGCCGAGUUGUUGGCGAUGCGGCUGAUCAAGGAAUUCACCACCCGCGAGCUGAUCGAUGCCUUGUCUUACGACUUUGAUCCCCUGCAGGGCAUGGCGUCUUCAACUAACGUCGAAAGCCAGCGUCCACCGCAGCAAGACCUACAGAGCCAACGAACGCAGGCCAAAGGUGCCCGCGUUAGUACCAUUGAGAUCGCCAUCCGAGCGCAGUCCAAGAGGUUCUUGUCCCAUCAGCUCGUCGUCCAGCACCUGGAAGCCAUCUGGGCCGGCACAAUCGUCUUUCACUCCCAGGCCGACAAUCUCCACCGCCGCGUGUCGGUCGGAGAAGAGCCGCAUAAUCGGGAGAGAGCCUACGGCACGACAGAGCAUAGUGCGCUCCCCGCCGAUGCCGUGCUCUCUCGCAAAUCGCAAGAAACACGGACAAGCAAGCGGCCUUCGGUGGACGUCAGGCUUGUCCGACGCUCAGUCACCUUGUACAACCCGCGAGAUGCCUCUUUCUUCAAGCUCAGCCGCCUUCGCGUGCCGCGCUAUCGACAAGUGUUUAGCACGAUUUCCUUUGCCAUUAUGCUCGGGCUCUUCCUUGCUGUCCUCAUUGAACGCAGUGUGACCAUCACCCCUCUGGAAGUCAUCUUCUGGUUCUGGUCGAUUGGGUACAUGCUAGAUGAAGUGGUGGGCUUCACAGAGCAGGGCUUCGGACUAUACAUUCUCAGCUUCUGGAAUGCCUUUGAUGCAGGCAUCUUGCUCCUCUUCGUCACUUACUACUGCCUGCGACUCUAUGGAAUCGUAUUGGCGGGAGAGGGCCAGAGACGCAUUGCCAAUUCGGCGUACGAUGUCCUUGCGUCUACGGCCGUCCUACUUUUCCCACGCCUAUUCAGUGUCCUGGACCACUACCGCUACUUUUCCCAGCUGCUUAUUGCGUUCCGCAUGAUGGCCCAGGAUCUGAUGGCCGUCCUCUUUCUCAUCAUCAUCUCCUGCUCUGGCUUCUUUGUUGCCUUCACCCUUUCAUUCGGAGAUGAGAAGGCUGGAGGCAGUGAUGUGGCCUUUGCAUUAUUCCAAAUCCUCAUGGGCUUCACACCCGCUGCAUGGGAUAGAUGGACCACGUACAACCUACUCGGCAAGACGCUCUUGGGUGCUUUCCUCAUCAUCGGCCACUUCGUCAUCGUCACCAUCCUCAUCACAGUCCUGACAAACAGCUUCAUGGCGAUUGUCAAGAAUGCACACGAGGAGCAUCAAUUCCUCUUCGCGAUCAACACUAUUUCCAUGGUCAAAUCGGAUGCGUUGUUCAGCUACAUCGCCCCGACGAACGUCUUUGGCUGGAUGCUUAGUCCCGUUCGAUUCGUCAUGCCCUUCCGCCAAUUCGUCAAACUCAACCGCACCGUCAUCAAAGUCUCGCACUUCCCCAUCCUCUUCGGAAUCUUUUGCUACGAAAGACUUAUCCUGUCGAAAGUUGCCUACGCACCUCUCGAACUCGUCGAGAAGCAGCCGACGAAACAACGGCAACCCAUUGCCUUCAGCGUGCAUCAUCAGCGCGACACAUUCAGUCCUACCCACCGCCUGCUCCGUGAGCCGUCCAUCAUCAGCUUCAACAAAGACCGCGCAUUGGACGAAGUCUUCCGCCAGCCCUUCCGCGGCAGCACCGUCCGCACCACUCCCCGCGAAAUGGGCGUCGAUCGGCAGAAGUCGCAGAACGUAGUGAGCAAGUGGAUCCAGGCGGCGGAGAUUGAGGGUGGUGCAAGUCCGCCUCUCGAGCAGCCUCGAAGCGUUGUCGAACGGCUGGAGAAUCGGAGGCCGCCUUUUCGUCGGGCUGCUACUGCUGAUCGUGCGGGUAGCUUGCUGGGUGGUCGGAGACGGGACUUUUCGUCCGAUCCGGAUAUCAUGUCUACCAUUGCCUCCCGGCGACCGUAUCGGAUUGAUGAGGAGGGUGAGGGAGCGGGUGGGCCGCUUAGUGAUGACAGACUGGUGCCAGAUACCGAAGCGGACGGUGAUGACGAUAACAAUCUCGAGUCGGAGGCCGCGGGCCCAGCUAUCGGAGAGAGCAUCUCCGUCUUCGACAAAGAAAACAGAACGCCGCUGCACGACUCCGACGACGAUGACGACGAAGCGUUCUACCACCCUUCCGGCGCCGGCAAAUCCGCAACCUUGCUCCGCACAAUGGACGCCCGCGCCCUGCAACCCAUCAUGCACAACCGCAAAAUCUCAACCGACACCGCCCUCUUCGCUCCUCCGCAAGCAGGCCCCUCCUCCUCCGCAGCAGCACAAAACAGCAGCACAAUCCGCCGCCUCCCCAACCCCCUCUCCACCCGCCCAGCAGCCCUCGCCGCCUUCGAUCCCAUCGACCUCCCCCCCACCGGCCGCCGCUCGCCCAAACUCAAACCCCGCCCGCCCAUGCCCGCGCGGCAGAAAACCGCACCGGCCGCCGGCCUCUCCUUCCUCGACAUCCCGCGCGCCAGCCGCCGGGACCCCUCCUUCAGCGCGCGCGCCCUCGACCUCGCGUCCGAAAUCGGGGAUAACAAAUUCGUCUCGUCAGGAGGCGGGGGGAUGCUAGACGUAGGCGGUGGCAUAUCCGGCUUCCCGAAUUCCUUUUCCGAGCAGAUUCUGCGGGCGAGCGAGCUCCGGCGACGAAGAGAGGAGGAGCGCAGGGAAGAGGAGAAGGGGCGCGUGAAUCGGAUUAUGUUGGCUCGCAUGCAGGGCCUUGAGGAGGGGUUCCGUGAGGUGUUGAAGGAGAUUAAGGUCUUGAGUAGUGUUUCUAUUCCUGUUUCGGCGGCGGGGAGUGAGGGGGGGACUACGGCUGUUAGGAGUCAGGGGAGGAGGGAGAUUGGAGAGGGGGUUGAGAGGGGGGAUGGUGGUGCGGGUGCGGGUGCUUCGCGGUCGGAGUAGGUGGGUUGUUCUUGCUUUGCUUUACGGUUUGGGGAUGGGAGGGUGUCGUGAGCGUUUUGAGCAUGCAUUGCGUUGCUUUGUUGGUUUUGGUAGUUUAGUUCGGUUUGUCUUACACGUAGAUUGUCAGAUGUCAUGAUCACGCUCU